AUGUACCUGGUCACCGUGCUUGGGAACCUGCUUAUUAUCUUGGCUGUCAGCUGUGACUCCCACCUCCACAGCCCCAUGUACUUCUUCCUCUCCAACCUGUCAUUAGCUGACAUCUGUUUCACCUCUACCACAGUUCCAAAGAUGAUUGUAGACAUCUUAACUCACAGUAGGGCCAUUUCCUAUUGGGGAUGCCUCACACAGAUGUAUGUUUAUAUUCUUUUUGGAAGUAUGGAUGACAUGCUUCUUACUGUGAUGGCCUAUGACCGGUUCGUGGCCAUCUGUCACCCACUGCAGUACCCAGUCAUUAUGAAUCCUCGCUUUUGUGGCUUCUUACUUUUGCUAUCUUACUUGGCCAUUGUUUGUUUAUUUUAUGGAACAAGCAUUGGUGUGUAUCUCGGUUCAACUGUAUCACAAUCUCCCAGAAAUUGUUUGUUGGCCUCAGUUAUUUAUACCUUGGUCACCCCAAUGCUAAAUCCAUUCAUCUACAGCCUGAGGAACAGGGACAUUAAAAGUAGCCUGAGUCAGCUCUAUAGGAAAACUUUAACCUCAGGACGAUUCAGAGUAGUUGUGCAUGCCUGUAACCCCAGCAAUCCAGAGGUUGAUAUAGAGGCCAAUCUGUCCACCACUCCCACACCGACUGGACUGCCUCUGAGCUAA